CCAGUGUUUGUGUAGCUAUUGUCUCACCGGCUAGCAACCUCAGCCUGACCAAUUGCAGUGCUCGCUCUUUGCUUUAACUACAGCAGAUUCAUCUACUCAUCUAAAAAGAGUGGUAGGAGUAGAGAAGGAGCGAGCGGUAAGAGAGGCGGAGAAAAAAAAAUGAUGCAGCAGUGAAGAGAAAUGCUAAUGCUCAUCUAGCCUUGGAUCUGAACAAACCAGGAUUGAUGGCGGAUGUUGAGUGUUUUUUUAUUUCGUGUUUGGACAUCCUGAUGCUGUUGGAGUUGUGGCACGUCAGUUUAAAGCUUUAAUGUUGCUGAGAACAAGAAGAAGUGCUAUUUGGCCGCAGGAGUGCGGCAUCUGGCCUGCAUUGUGCUGGCUGGCUACAUUGUGUGCAUUGAUGACCCCUGCUGAGUAGCAGCCUGCUCAUCAUCCCCUCCCCUCUUUUUCUCUCCCCCUCCCUUUCUGUCUCUCUUCCUCCAUCACAGCACCCAGCCCAGCCAUGUUUGGCUCAGAAUCCUCACUAAGCAUGUUCCUGAAUACUUUAACCCCAAAAUUUUAUGUGGCUUUGACUGGCACCUCUUCCUUGAUUUCGGGACUUAUAUUGAUAUUUGAAUGGUGGUACUUCAGGAAGUAUGGUACUUCCUUCAUUGAGCAAGUGUCUGUUAGUCACCUGCGUCCUCUACUGGGGGGAGUAGAUAACAGCUCUUCGAAUAACUCGAACACUAGUAAUGGAGAUGCAGACUCCAGUCGACAGAGUGUUUCAGAAUGUAAAGUAUGGAGAAAUCCACUAAAUUUAUUUAGAGGGGCAGAAUACAACCGAUACACAUGGGUUACUGGUAGAGAGCCUCUCACAUACUAUGACAUGAAUCUUUCAGCACAGGACCAUCAGACCUUCUUUACCUGCGACUCAGACCACAUCCGCCCCGCCGAUGCUAUAAUGCAGAAAGCAUGGAGAGAGAGGAAUCCACAGGCGCGAAUCUCUGCUGCACAUGAAGCACUGGAGCUUGAGGACUGUGCCACAGCAUACAUACUGUUAGCUGAAGAGGAGGCUACCACCAUUGUGGAGGCUGAAAAACUCUUCAAACAGGCGCUGAAAGUGGGAGAAGGAUGCUAUCGCCGAAGCCAGCAGCUCCAGCACCAUGGCUCUCAGUAUGAGGCUCAGCACAGAAGGGACACAAAUGUAUCAGUGUACAUUAAGAGGAGGCUUGCUAUGUGCUCUCGAAAGCUCGGGAGAACGAGAGAGGCAGUGAAGAUGAUGAGAGAUUUAAUGAAGGAGUUUCCUCUCCUCAGUAUGUUCAAUAUUCAUGAGAACCUGCUGGAGUCACUCUUAGAGCUGCAAAACUAUGCUGAUGUGCAAGCAGUUCUUGCCAAGUAUGAUGACAUUAGCUUACCGAAAUCUGCAACAAUAUGCUACACAGCCGCUCUUCUUAAAGCCAGAGCUGUGUCUGACAAGUUUUCUCCAGAAGCAGCAUCUAGACGAGGGUUGAGUACAGCAGAGAUGAAUGCAGUGGAAGCCAUACACAGAGCAGUGGAAUUCAACCCACAUGUACCCAAAUACCUCUUAGAGAUGAAAAGUUUGAUACUGCCACCGGAACAUAUCCUAAAGAGAGGCGACAGUGAGGCCAUAGCAUAUGCCUUUUUCCACCUGCAGCAUUGGAAGAGAGUGGAGGGGGCGCUGAACCUAUUGCACUGCACGUGGGAAGGCACUUUUAGAAUGAUCCCUUACCCUUUGGAAAAAGGACAUCUGUUUUAUCCAUACCCAAUCUGCACAGAGACAGCAGACAGGGAACUUCUACCAACAGUGUUUCAUGAAGUGUCUGUGUACCCGAAGAAGGAGCUGCCUUUCUUCAUUCUGUUUACAGCAGGCCUUUGUUCUUUCACCGCCAUGCUAGCUCUCCUCACACACCAAUUUCCGGAACUCAUGGGAGUCUUCGCUAAGGCAUUUCUUGGCACCCUGUUUGCACCUCUAAACUUCAUCAUGGAGAAAGUGGAAAGUAUUCUGCCUUCAGGACUUUGGCAUCAGCUGACACGCAUCUGAUAAGAUAUGAACUAAAUACCUUGGUGCCAACUCAUUUGAAGUGCUCUAGCAUCAGACAAGCAGAAAAAAUAGAGAGAGACACAAAAGAAAGGGAAAAAAAUAAUGGCUGACUUUUCAUUUUGUUUCCAUUUUCCAUGUUUCUUUCUGAUGUAAAAAAACUUUUUUUUUUCUUCACAAUGGCUGAUAUAGCCCUAUUAAAGUUAAAAGAGACAGUAAAUGCA